GAUCAACUUCAGAUGCGGAGAUGUUCUUCGGCACGAAUGCUCUCCACCAUCUCAUCUCCAAGAUACAUACUUGAAUCCACAAGCUUGUAGGUCAGUAAAGAUGGCCUACAGCCAGAAGCAGCCCGAUGCUGCGGCCGUCGAGGAAGACGAGCGCCAGUAUGGCAGUGGUCCAUUAAGCAGAGAAGAACUGGAUGCUAAGUAUCCCCACCGUCCCCACAAUCAUUCCCAGACCUUUCCAUUCCAUGAACUUUUCAAGUCUCUCUUCAAUCCUCUGAACGACAUCAAGAAACGUCCAACGGGGCCGACAGUGGCUCGUGCCAAGCAAGGACCCCAUGGGCCAAAUAACCCUUCUCCCCAUGAAAUGCGUCGCAACAUUAUCCAACGCUUCAUGUCGAGAUGGCGCAGCGAGGUAGGAGACGAUUUCUACCCCGCUAUGCGGCUCAUUGUUCCUGAGAAGGAUCGAGAUAGACCGAUGUAUGGUCUCAAGGAGAAAGCUAUUGGCAAAUUGCUGGUAAAGCUUAUGAAGAUCAGCCCCGAUUCAGAAGAUGGGUACAAUCUUAUCAACUGGAAGCUGCCCGGUCAGAGCACCACGACUCGUAUGGCUGGGGACUUCGCUGGAAGGUGUUUUGACGUGCUGUCCAAGAGGACCAUGCGGUCGACCGUUGGCAACAUGCGGAUUGCGGAGGUCAACGAGUUGCUGGACAAGCUUGCGGCCGCUCAAGGGGAAUCGCAGCAGUUGCCAAUUUUCGAAACUUUCUAUGAGAACAUGAAUGCAGAGGAGCUGAUGUGGCUUAUCCGUAUCAUUCUUCGACAGAUGAAGCUAGGGGCCUCUGAGAAAACCAUCCUGGACCUUUGGCAUCCGGAUGCAGAGGCUCUAUUCAAUGUGUCUUCCAACCUUCGACGGGUGUGUUGGGAAUUGACAGAUCCCACUCAACGUCUAGAUGAUGAAGAAGGCGGGAUAGGUCUCAUGUCAUGCUUUCAGCCGCAACUGGCUCAGUUUUCUAUGUUCUCUUUCCAGAAGAUGGUUGAUCGCAUGGGUGUCACCGAAGACGACCCGGAAUUUUGGAUUGAGGAAAAAUUAGAUGGCGAGAGAAUGCAGUUGCACAUGGUAGAAGAUGACAGCGUUGCUGGCGGGAAACGCUUUGCUUUUUGGUCCCGAAAAGCGAAAGAUUACACCUACUUGUAUGGGAAUGGUUUCGAGGACGAUAACUCGGCGCUGACGAGGCAUCUCAAGGAUGCCUUUGACCCAAGAGUGAGAAACAUCAUCCUGGACGGUGAGAUGAUAACGUGGGAUCCGGAAUCAGAUCUGAUGGUACCAUUUGGGACAUUGAAGACGGCAGCACUCGAGCAGCAGAAGAACCCCUUCAGUACGGGAAUACGACCGCUGUUUCGCGUCUUCGACUGCUUGUAUAUCAAUGACCAAGAUAUUACCAAGUUCACACUCCGAGACAGAUAUAAAGCUCUCACCCAGUCUGUGAGAGACGUCCACCGUCGCAUGGAGAUUCAUAGCCAUGUGGUUGCCAAAUCAGUUGACGAGAUCGAGCCACUCUUGCGCAAGGUUGUAGCCGAAGCUUCGGAAGGGCUGGUGCUGAAGAAUCCACGGUCUAUGUAUCGACUGAAUAGUCGUAACGAUGAUUGGAUGAAGGUCAAGCCAGAGUACAUGACUGAGUUUGGAGAAUCUCUGGAUUGUUUGAUCAUCGGUGGGUACUACGGUUCAGGUCACAAGGGCGGGCGACUGUCCUCGUUCUUAUGCGGUUUGCGGGUGACUAAGAAUAUAAUCGACUCUCAAGGUGCAAAUCCUAUGAAAUUCUACUCGUUUUUUAAGGUCGGUGGUGGAUUUAGAGCUGAAGAUUACGACAAGGUCAUGUAUCUCACAGCUGGCAAAUGGGUCACCUGGGACCGUAAGAACCCUCCCACCGAGUACAUCGAGCUAGGGGGCCCGGAUGGUCAGUACGAACGUCCAGAUGUAUGGAUCAAACCCAGCGAUUCGGUGGUCGUAGAAGUCAGAGCAGCGUCGGUCGGCAGCAGCGACUCGUUCAAGACGAAAUUCACACUCCGUUUCCCUCGUUUCAAGAGAAUACGAACUGAUAAAGACUGGCAAAGCACGCUCUCCAUCGAUGAUUUCAUCAAUCUGAAAGCCAAGGCAGAAGCCGAUAGAGAGAAAGAGAUGAAAGUCGACAGCAGCCGGAAAAGGAUGACGAAGAGAAGAAAGAAAGAACUUGUCAUAGCAGGCAAUGACAGCAAAAUCAAGACCCCGUAUGGUGGGCCCCAAACGAAGAUCCUUGAAGGACUCAACUUUUGCGUCUUGAGCGAGAUGCUUCAGCCGGUGAAGAAGAGCAAAGCAGAAAUUGAGGAGAUCAUCAAGAGCAAUGGCGGUAGUAUCUUCCAGUCUCCUACAGCCAAAGAGCAUAUUCUUUGUAUUGGCGACAAGAAAGUCGUCAAGGUCGCAAGUCUGAUAAAGAGGGGACACACCAAUGUGAUCAAGCCUUCGUGGAUCCUCGAUGCCUUGAAACAGGCGGAGAUAGAUGGGCCUGGGAAAGAGAGAUUUCUGGUCCCUUUUGAACCAAAUCAUAUGCUUCACGUGGCGCCCGAGUCAAGAGAGGCUAUUGCAAGGAAUGUGGACCAGUAUGGGGAUAGCUACGCGCGGGAUCUCAAUCCCCAGGAGCUCAAGGGGGUCCUGGAAGAUAUGAUGCCGAUCAAGAAUUCCACGUUCUCGCCCACAGCCUUCCUCUCCGAGCUCGAGCAGCGUGGCAAAGGACUGGGGGAGUUGCGAGGCUCCUUGUUCCGGGGCUGCGUGGCCUAUCUCGCCCCCAGCGAUGGGAAACAGAACUCGGCUACAGAAUUGGAAAGGAAGGUAGCGAGGCUCCGGUUCCUCUUCGCGGCCGGUGCUAUCGCAGAGGAUCUGCACGCGGAGGUCACGCAUGUCGUCGUCACGAAUGAGGAUAGGGGACAGGUGCGUGCUCUAAGGCAACAGAUUGCUGAGAGUGGGAGACGAAAGAUCCCGCGGGUGGUGGGCUGGGAUUGGGUGACGGAGAGUUGGAGCGAGGGGACGUUGCUAGAUGAGGAGAGGUUUGCUGUUGUGUAGGUGCGGGAUCUUGUGCGUGUGGAUGCAACCGGGAGGUAUUCCCGUGAGAUGAAGUGUAUCUCUGCUUGGAUACUGCCGUGUAUUGAAUGAAAGCUGGUAGAUACAAUGAAUAAUGUAAUAUAAUAUAAUAUGAUCG